AUGGUUGGCGAAAUGCAUGGCUCUCCCAGCGACAAAGAAGCCUCCACUAAAGGCCCUGAAUCCUCCAGAACUUUGUCCACGGCCACGACUGGCAAAACUGAUGUUUCUCCCAGCGACAAAGACGUCUCCGCCCAAGGUCCUGACAGCCUCAAAUCUUUGCCUUCGGCCGCGAGCGACGAAAUUGAUGCUUUUCCCGACGACAAAGAAAGUUCCAAUAAAGAUCCAUCCCGUAGAAUACACAUCGAACAAGCAGAGUCCGAGACAUACGAUAUCAUCAUAGUAGGCCAUGGGAUCAGUGGAGGUAUUAAUGCCAGAGAACUGUGCAACAAGGCCAAAUCCAUCCUUGUCAUUGAACGGCAGGGCGACCAUCACGGAUCUCAUAUCUCGUCAGACGCAGUUGACCGGCGAUGGACUGGCAACUCCAUGUACUACUUCGGAGGUCACAAUGCAACUUGGGCACCCUUCGCCUCUCGCAUCCACAAGGACGUUCUGACAAAGUACUUCCCGACCUCUGUUCGUGACGGUCUCGUCAAUGAAUACUAUACGAAAGCGGAGGCACUCAUACCCGAGGCAGUCCAUACGCCCAGGGAGGGCUCCAUUACAGCUCGACUCAUAAAGCAGCUGAACCAAUCGCUUGAACAUGAUGAGGAGCAGUGGCAAGGGGGCUGCAUCACAUCCGAACUCAGGCAGCUUCCCUCCUCACAAGGUGGCGACACGCCGAAGGACGCGUACAAGAAGGAAAGGGAUCAUCCCCAUUUCAAAAUAUUGCUCGAGACGGAGGUGCGAUCGCUCACCUUCGACAAACACGAGCGGACCACGGUCACCGGUGUCAUGGUUCACAGCGCUGGCGGCAAGGUUUCAUAUAUCUCCCUCAACCCGGAAGGACGCGUUGUGCUCGCUGCAGGAAGUAUUGCAUCGCCUGCGAUACUUCUUCGGAGUGGGGUGGAUUUGAAGGAGCAGGGCGGCCUUCAUCUCACCGGUCACGACAUCGUCUUUAGAACUCAACACUUCCGCUACUGCGUUCCUAGCGACCGUCCCGACAUUCGCUCAACGAAGUUGCAAAAGUACAUGCGCCUCCCCAACGAGACCAUACACGUGAAUAUGUCUAUCGACACUUCCCCUAUUCUUCCACGCGGUCGCGUCCACUGGUACGACGACAUCCCCAAGUGGGUUAUCGCAUUCAUGCGCCCCAAGCCUCUCGACUCGAGAAUCUCAAUCGAGAUGGUCGACGAUGAGCCUGUCGUUACCAGCCAGGCUAGGAGUAGCAAAAAGCGCCACACUGAUUCUCUCAAGGCUGUGGCCACGGAUGCCAUAGACACGUUGGAGAAGGUGCUCAGCGUAGAGUUCCCGGGUGACGCUUCCCCCGGCCCACGUGAGCCCUUCUUCAAGUUUCUAGAGCUAGGAGGUAUUGCGUACGAUCUCGGGACUCUCCCCAUGCGCCGCGAAGACACUAUGAUCGGUUGUGUGGAUAAGGAUCUUCGACUCAUCGGCUAUCAUGGCGUAUACGUUUGCGACCUCUCCGUUUUCCCCGUCUCCCCAGAGGUCAACCCUACUUUGACCCUCGUCGCUCUUGCGCUGAGGCUCUCACAGAAGAUCGUGGAUUUGUGGGAGGGUGCGACAUCCGAUGGUAGCGACACGGCACGCAUUACUAACACUUCCAAAUCCAAGAUCAAAGUCUUCGUCGCCAACCGUGCGGGCAUGCAUUUGCAAGGCGAGGAUGAAUACACCGUGCUGGACACAGGAGGGGAUGGCAGCCGCACUACGCGUAGGAGAAAGAAUGGCAUGGUCGAGGCAGUCUAUGUCUUCCGCCUCGAUAAAUCGGGCGAGUUUGAGAGAGACCCAGAGAUCUGCACGGUUAUUCCUGGGGGCCAUGGUUUGGAAGUUCCUAACUAG